AUGUUGUUUUUAAAUUUGCGGCAAACUUCAAUUCGUUCAUGGCAUCUGCCAACGUUAGUGCACGCAGCGAGUGGCAAACGGUGUUCGCGAAGCUAUAGCAGUCAAGCAAAAAUUAACAAAGAUACGAUCGAUUUGUAUCGGCAGCAGUAUGUGCGAGAUACGUGGACGAAUCUAACACCUAAAGUAUUGUCACAUCUCGAUCGGAAUCUGCACCUUCAGCGGAAUCAUCCACUCUCUAUCGUACGAGAUAAAAUAGUUAAGUAUUUUUAUGGCGCCUACUUGAGCCCACGUGGCAAUCCACUAUUCAGCGUGUACGACAACCUCAGCCCGGUGGUGUCGGUGGAGCAAAACUUUGAUCAGCUGCUGAUACCGCAGGACCACCCAAGUCGAACUAAAAGCGAUUGCUACUACGUAAACAAGGACUAUCUACUGCGGGCGCAUACCACAGCACACCAGGUGGAGUUGAUUCAGGCAGGUUUGGAUAACUUUCUCGUUGUCGGAGACGUUUACAGGCGGGAUGAAAUCGACGCCACGCACUACCCAGUGUUUCACCAGCUAGAUGCAGUGCGGAUUGUCCAUCAAGACAAGCUGUUCGAACGCAACCCGGAGCUAAAAAUUCACGAGAUGCACUAUAAGACACACCUGUCUAAUGGAAACCCCUCCACUGAUAACAGCAGCCCGCUUGCGAACUGCAUUGAUCAGCACAAACAGCCAUGUCACACGCUGGAAGCGGUGAAGCUGUGUGAGCAUGAGAUGAAAAAAACACUGGUCGGUCUGGUGCAGAAGCUAUUUGGUGAAGGAAUCAAAUAUCGGUGGGUGGAUGCAUAUUUCCCGUUCACCCAACCCUCGUGGGAGCUGGAAAUCUUUUUUAAUGGUAGCUGGCUCGAGAUUCUCGGGUGUGGCAUUACGCGAAACGAAAUUCUUGAGCGUGCCGGGGUGCAGAAUUCGAUCGCCUAUGCCUUCGGUGUUGGUCUGGAGCGUUUGGCAAUGAUUCUGUACGACAUUCCGGAUAUACGCCUUUUUUGGAGUACAGACAGCGGCUUCCUGAACCAGUUCCGCGACGAUCGAAUCAUUAAGUACAAGCCGGUUUCAUCAUAUCCGCAGUGCACCAAUGAUUUGUCGUUCUGGCUGCCAGAAGGUAUGUCGGAGGAACAAUUUUCUCUGAACGAUUUUUACGACAUUGUAAGAAAUGUUGGAGGAGACAUAAUCGAGCAGGUAAAGUUGAUCGACCGUUUUACUCAUCCGAAAACGGGCAAGAGCAGUCUCUGUUUUCGUAUUGUAUACCGGCAUAUGGAACGCACGCUAACGCAGGCGGAAGUAAACGUGGUUCACUCUAAAAUUGGUUCGGAUUUAGUUGAAAUGUACAAUGUUAGCAUACGAUAAGACGAAUAUAAAUAAAAAUAUUGUGUGUGUCACUUAGUACACAUUAUAAUUUUUUUUAAACU